UGAGUAAUCAGAUCCAAUUCAAAAUCCAAUAGCAGGAAAAGGGUACUAGAAAAAUCAUGUCUUCCUCAUCCUUAUCUAACGUUAGCUUCUCCUUUCCCUUUGCACCAGAGAGAAGCACUGGCUUUAAGCUGCCCUGUAUUGGGUCUCAAUCCCUGCUUGGACUGACAGGUAGAAGACGUGCGAACAAUGUCAAGGCCAUGGUGGCAGCAGGAGAAGGAAGAGACAACCUUGAUCACUUGCAGAGAGCAACCAAGCACCAAACCACACAACAACAACAACAGCCAAAGAGGAGAAUCGCCCCAGUAGCACCCAUCGGGCUAUGGGAUAGAUUUCCGACAGCAAGGACUGUGCAACAGAUGAUGGAGACGAUGGAGAGAAUGAUGGAAGACCCAUUCGCUUACAGCAGCACUUGGCCAUCACCGAGCCAGAAAGAGGAAUACAGAGGAGGAAGAACGCCAUGGGGGAUCAAAGAAGGGGAAAACGACUACAAGAUGAGGUUCGACAUGCCUGGCAUGACCAGAAACGAUGUCAAGGUAUGGGUUGAGGACAAGAUGUUGGUAGUUAAGGCCGAGAAGGUUCUCAACAAGAAGAAAGAAUCUGAAGGCCAAACCCAAUUAGAAGAGGAAGAAGAGUGGCCGGAGAAAAGCUUUGGGAGAUAUAGCAGUCGGAUUGCGUUGCCGGAUAAUAUCGAUUUCGAGAAGGUAAAGGCGGAGGUGAAAGAUGGUGUGCUCUACAUAACCAUUCCAAAGGCUUCUUCUUCCAGUAAAGUCUGGGAUAUAAAUGUCCAAUGAGAGACUCUUUGCCUGUAAUU